CCACGUCCUCCUCCACGUGCCCAUUCGAGGAAGAGAAUCCACGUGCUGUCGGCGCUCCGCGCGGACGUCUCGGAUCGGCGCCGGGAAGUCCCGCCCUGGCGCGCGGCACGCGCCAGGGGGGCGUGGCGCCAGUCCAACGACUCCGCGCGAAGUUUCGAAAGUUCAUGUUCGUGUUUUAUAAAAGUACGUCGAUCGUGCCGCGGUCCAUGGAGAGCAGCACGACGCAGUGAAGCACUCGCAGGUCUUCUCAGGACAUGCCCGACCUACUGCUCCACAGCUUCCAGAACUCCGCGCGGAGCUUCGAGAGUUCAUGCUCGUGCUGUGUGCUUCUGGUGGUGCGUGGAGCGGGCGGAGCCUGGAGAGCUGCUCGUCGCAGGACUAGAGGUUAGCGCCAACGGCAAUAUCGGUGGCAUGCCUCCACCGAGGGAAGAUGAUCCCGAUCUCGGCGAUGGCGGUAAUGUUCGGACUUCCUGGGCGACCGAAAGAUUACCACCAACACCAACAUCUAGGACCGUCGUUGCCCCGGUGGAGGCAACCCCUUGUUUUGGUGCUGGUGCUCGUUUCCGAGCCUCCACGUGGCGCGGGGAAAAUCAGAGCCCCGAAUCCUCAAGGGUAACUCGGGUCAGGGUUAACUCGGGUUCUUUUUUCGGGAAUCCGAACCCGAGUGACCCCGGACCCGAGUUACCCCGGAUAAUUCGGGCGUCCAGAGCCCCACAUCAUCAGGGGUAACUCGGGUCAGGGCUAACUCGGGUUCCUCUUUCGGGAAUCCAGGCCCGAGUUACCCCGGACCCGAGUGACCCCGGAUGACUCGGGCACCCAAGGAAAGAAGCAUAAACAACAACGCGCACCGUGCCGUGUCUUCUCCUCCUCGGCCCAUGGGGGCGCACCCGUCGCACGCGCUCCUCCGCGUCGUGGCCGAGGCCCAGCAGCUCGGCGGCGCCUGUGCGGACACGUACUUCGUGGCCGUUAACAUCACCGGGCGGUGGGCGGGGCCCGAGGCUCGAGCGCACGGCACGGGCGAUGGACGUCGGGGCCUCGUGUUCCAUGCGGACGGCGACGCGGCGGCGCGACCAGACGCGGCGUGGAUGUCCUUCGGGACGGUGUCGCUGAAGGUGGUUCAUGGCCGCACCCGCGCGGGGGCCGCGUACCUGAACCUGUACGCUCGCAAUCUGUUGAAGGCGGGCUACCUCGUCGGGGGGCUCCUCGGCGAAGACGACCACACGGAGGUGGCCACCCCGAGCUCGAACUGCAACCGGGUCGUCAGCCUGCUUUCGGUCAGGGGCCGUUUGUUGUGAUGGCGCUUGGCCGUUGCAUUGGGUGGCAGGGUCUACCGAUGCCGCGGCUCGUCCUGGAGAUGCUUCGUCGCCGCUGCUGGAUUAUCCUGGAACUUCUGGUCAGAACACACGCCGGGAGAGUUCUGGGGAGCAGCGGUAUCGGGAUCUUCUUGUCUCCCAGACUUGUCCUCGUUAUCCACCUCCUACUCUGGGAAGAGCGGGCGAGACGUCCUUUCGCCCGCUCGACCUCUUCUCUUCCUCUUCCUGCUUCUGCGCCUGAUCAUUGUCCGUAGCACUGCCUCUAGGAUCUAGGAGCGCGGCGGGGCUACUUUUAAGGCGGGGUAGCGGCUAACUCUUUUGAGGAUUGCCCUUCUCUACUAUCAGCUACGACGCCGGUUGGGCCGUCUAGCUGCACAGUGGAGUUGGCGGAUGCCUUGCAUGCAUGAUUCUGAUGGUUGCGUCAGUCGAAUGCAAGACCGCCCGAAAGCCCAGGUCCUCCUCUGGAUGGGGCUCGCCGUCGCAAGCAGGCAUGGGUGAGUCUCUGCGCUGGCUUCGGAUGGCUGAUCAGGGCAGGGGGAGGAGGGC